AUAGUAACUACUGACGAAAUAUCCAAUCAAAUAGUAACUACUGAAGAAAUAUCCAAUCAAAUAUUAUCAACUGAAGAAAUAUUCAAUCAAAUAGUAACUACUGACGAAAUAUCCAAUCAAAUAGUAACUACUGACGAAAUAUCCAAUCAAAUAUUAUCUACUGACGAAAUAUUCAAUCAAAUAGUAACUACUGACGAAAUAUCCAAUCAAAUAUUAUCUACUGACGAAAUAUUCAAUCAAAUAGUAACUACUGACGAAAUAUCCAAUCAAAUAGUAACUACUGACGAAAUAUUGAAUCAAAUAGUAACUAUUGACGAAAUAUUCAACCAAAUAUUAACUACUGACGAC